AUGGCAUCCGCCGAUCAAGCCCCCUCGGAAAAGACUAUUACAGAGUCCGUCGCUUCGGCCAACUUGAAUGACAGACCCAAGGAGAUGAUCGAUGAGCCAUCAAGCGCAUCGUCAAUUGAAGCCAACCACGACGCCCCUAUUGAUGCAGACGAUGUCGAAGCAAACGUCCAGCGAACGAUCACAAGGAAGCUCUUCCCCGUCACGGACCUAGAUCGCGGAAUCGUGGGCUGGGAUGGCCAAGAUGACCCCGAGAACCCCCAGAAUUUCGCCAUGGGUCGGAAAUGGGGUCUUUUGGCGUUGAUGAGUGCCAUUACGUUCGUUUCGCCGCUGGCAUCGAGUAUGUUCUCGCCAGCUGUAAGUUACGUUGCCAUCGAUCUGGAUGUGACCAAUGAGACUAUUCUGGCCUUGAGUGUCAGUAUCUUUUUGAUCGGAUAUACGGUCGGGCCGCUCGUCAUCGCCCCUAUGAGCGAGAUCUACGGCCGCCGGAUCGUGCUUAGCUGCGCAAACUGGUUCUUCGUGGUGUGGCAGAUUGGCUGUGCUCUGGCCCCGAAUAUCCAAACUCUGAUCAUCAGCCGCUUGUUCGCUGGCAUGGGCGGCGCAGGAUGUCUAACCCUCGGUGCGGGUCUGAUUGCCGACCUGUUCCCCGUCGAGCAACGAGGUAUGGCCACCGCCUUGUGGAGUUGCGGUCCCUUGAUCGGCCCCGUUGCUGGUCCCAUUGCGGGUGGUUUCAUCGGCGAGACGAUCGGCUGGCGUUGGGUCUUUUGGGUGGUCAUGAUCGCGGCGGGGGUGGUCUCGUUUGGCAUUGAGAUCUUGAACCGGGAGACUUAUGCUGCCGUUUUGAUUCGCCGCAAGACCGAACGUCUGUCGAAGGAGCUGGGUCGCAGCGAUCUCCGUAGCGCUUAUGAGCCCAAUCGGGAGCGGGUGUCCGUCGCAUCUGCCAUGAAAGUGGGCUUGAAGCGUCCGAUUCUUCUUCUUGUCAAAUCGCCCAUCGUGCUGCUUCUCUCCCUCUAUAUGGCCGUGGUCUACGGUCUGCUCUACCUCUUCUUCACCACUAUCCCCAGUGUCUUUAAGAACCAAUAUGGUUUCUCCACGGGCCUCAGUGGAUUGGCCUACCUGGGCAUCGGCUUCGGCUUUGUUAUUGGUCUGGUCCUAUACGGAGUGACCAACGACCGUGUCGUCUUGAAGCUCACACAACGCAACGGCGGCAAAUAUGAGCCGGAGAUGCGUCUGCCGGCGAUGAUCGUCUUCGCCUGUUUCCUGCCAAUCAGUUUCUUCUGGUACGGGUGGACGGUCGAUCAAGACGUGCACUGGAUCGCGCCCAUCAUCGGUAUGAUGCCGUUUGGCGUGGGGAUGAUGGGGGUAUAUCUCCCGAUCCAGACGUACGUCAUUGACAGCUACCAGGCGUAUGCGGCGUCGGCCAACGCGAGUCUCACCACCAUUCGCUCUCUGGUGGGCGCCGUGCUUCCAUUGGCUGGACCCAAACUGUUCGCGACUCUCGGUCUGGGCUGGGGCAAUUCACUGCUGGGGUUUAUUGCGCUUGCGUUCGUACCCGUGCCGAUCAUUUUCUCACGGUAUGGGCAGCGAAUUCGUGAGAAAUUCCCCGUGAAUCUGGAUUGA